AUGUGGACAGACAACUAUAGAAAAAACAGUUACAUGUCAAUAACAUUGCAUUAUAUUGACAGUAAUUGGGAACUUAAUAAUCGCUUACUUAUGACUGGUCAAUUUCCCAGUUAUGAAGCAAAAACUGGUGAAAAUAUAAAUCGAUUUAUGAGAAAUUUUUUUUUUCAAAUAUCAAAAUCAGCUACUGAGUUUAAUGGUGAUUUGAUGUCCUGUGUUACAUUUUUUACCGACCAAGGUUCAAAUAUGUUAAGCGCACUUAGAAACUACAAUAGAUUAAAUUGUUGUGCUCACUUACUAAACACAGUUUUGAGAAAUUUGUUUGACAUAAAAUUUUUAGAGGAAGAAGAAGAAUUUGGAAUGAAACCAUUGGAACCUAUUUUAACAUUAAUGGUUGAAUGUAAAAACUUGGUGAAAUAUAUGAAAAGCUCUGGAAGAAAUUGUGAGCUUAGUAAAGGACUUGUGCAAGAGGUGGAGACAAGGUGGAACACUCGACUAUUAAUGUUUCAGUCAGUUCAUAAAGGACUUCCAGAAAUUAUUCAAAUACACGGAGAACACUUUGAAAAAAAAAAAUAA